UUUGCCCGCUUAAGAUUCAAAAUUUCAAAUUUACAGCUCAGCAUGAAACGAAACACCGCCAGUCUAUUCCACUUCGUAGUGACUAGUGUGUACAAAGUUAUAAACGCCUAUGGCAGUUGUUAUACGAGGGAUACCACAAACUGCUUACAAUUCCAUUUCCGGUUGUACAUUAAACUUUCGAAAAUCUGCAGUCCGCUGAUUCUGCAUAUCCUGGCGACAAAGAUUUCUCUGCCACGAUAAUUCUCCGCAGUUAGAAUGACGAACCCUCCCGUGCAGCCCGUGUCUCACAGGCACCGUAUGAACCCGGCCUGGACGAAUAAACUCAUCGAUCUAGUGAAGAAGCAACCGCAAUUGUGGAAACGGGAUGAUCCGCUGUACCAGGAGGCCAUGGCGGAAGAUAAGGAGGACGAAUGGAAGUUGAUCACGGCUGCGUUGGGACAUCCUCAGUAUGAGUUCAAGAAAGUACGCACACUGUGGAAAAACUUGAAAGUCUCUUACGCUGUCCGUCUGGGACACCAAGCGGAGCGUUCGCGAUCCGGGCGGACCGCGUACAAUCCACCAUGGCGGUAUUUUGAGAGAUUGUCCUUCAUGCAACCCUACAUUCGGCCAAAAAUUGACACAAAAUACUCGAGGGUUUCGCUAAGGAGACGAGUGACACGCGGCGCGGCUGCUACCAAACGCGUCCGAUUGGUUAGCGACGACAGCAGCUCCAGUGCGGAGGAAUCCGUUAGCGUGGACAAAACGGCACUGCCAGACACUGUCGCCGACAACUGCCCGCUGGAUGUGGACGAGUUUGACCGGAUGUGGCAAGGCGAGUCUGGACGUGCAGCCACAGCAUCACUAGCGUCACCGGCCAUGGAUUCUGCGCUAGUGCUGGAUCCCGCAACGAGCAUGGAGAGCAAUUAUUCUGCAUUUUUUAACACUCUGAAAGGCAUGAUGGUCUAUUUGACACCGGAACAACGCAUCGGCGUGCAGAAACGCUUGAUCAAAGCCUUGGCGGAAUUCACAGCGGACGUCAUGUAACAGUCGCGCGCUGCCAUUUUUUCGCUUUUUUUAGAUAAUCUAUACUCGCACAGUUGGCCUGGGAAUUGCCUGUUCGCGCUAUAGACUUUUACUAAAAUUAUACAGUACAUAAUCAUCCGUUAUGUGAAAAAGCAAUCCGAGUUGUCGCAGUAUCUACAUCUUUGUUGUACAGCAUGCUCUGCUCGAUUUUACAAUUUAUUAUUGCUGAGAAGCUUGCUCGGGGAAA